AUGCCGUCACGGGCGCGGCGGCGGCGGCGGGGCCGCCAUGCACCGGCGGGGGGUGGGCGCGGGGGCGAUCGCCAAGAGGAAACUCGCCGAGGCCAAGUACAAGGAGCGAGGGACGGUCCUGGCCGAAGACCAGCUGGCCCAGAUGUCCAAGCAGCUGGACAUGUUUAAGACCAACCUGGAGGAGUUUGCCAGCAAACACAAGCAGGAGAUCCGGAAAAACCCCGAGUUCCGGGUGCAGUUCCAGGACAUGUGUGCCACCAUCGGGGUGGAUCCCUUGGCAUCUGGUAAAGGAUUCUGGUCGGAGAUGUUGGGAGUUGGAGACUUUUACUACGAGCUGGGAGUGCAGAUCAUUGAAGUUUGUUUGGCUCUGAAACACAGGAAUGGAGGGCUGAUAACACUGGAAGAACUUCACCAGCAAGUGCUGAAGGGGAGAGGGAAGUUUGCUCAGGAUGUCAGCCAGGACGAUCUCCUCCGGGCCAUCAAGAAGCUGAAGGUCUUGGGGAAUGGCUUUGGGAUUAUCCCUGUUGGUGGAACGUUUCUGAUCCAGUCUGUGCCAGCGGAGCUGAACAUGGAUCACACGGUUGUCCUGCAGCUGGCAGAGAAAAAGGGCUUUGUGACAGUCAGUGAGAUCAAGUCCAGCCUGAAGUGGGAGACAGAACGUGCAAAGCAAGUGCUGGAACACUUGCUGAAGGAAGGAAUGGCCUGGCUGGAUGAGCAGGCACCAGAAGAACCUCAGUACUGGCUCCCUGCUCUCUUUACAGAGCUGUACUCUCAGGAAAUCACUCCAGAGGAAGCCAAGGAGGCAAUUCCUUGACUGCUCCCUGUUCUGUGCCUGUCUAGAAUCCUCGGGAGGUUCUUUGCAUAUCACCUGAAACACAGGGACAGUGGACUUGAAAUAAAAGGGUUUUGUAACAAGUGUCUACCUUGAAAA